AUGCAAGCAGUCCAGCAUGAAGGGCCCUCUGCCCUGGUAGACCAUCCGGUUCUGGCAGACGUCUCCCGAGAACUGUCGCUUAAAAGCCCGGUGCCCAAGAACGUCGCCUUCGAGCUUCUGUUAGACGAGAAUUCCAAAGUUCGAGCUCGUAUCCCAAUGCGCGUUCAAAUAUACCCUCACGAUACAACGGAUUCGAUCGUCACCACAGUCAAAAAUUUCUAUGGCAUCUACGACGGCACUGCCAGUGGGGUGAGCUUCGAGGACGAACAUGGGACAACCCUCAUCGCCAGGUACGAAAACUUGAAAAAUAACAUGACCGUAUAUGUACGAGUCAUUCCCAUUCAACCUUUUGGGGAUUCUUUCUACGGCGGCUUCCCCGCCGAGCGCAAGCGCCCAAGCCUAGGUGAGCCCUUCCAGAUGGUUGAUGGUAUGGCGCCGGUCCUCGACCAGCCAUCUCGCCCAUCUUCACGGCUCGCACGCAAGCGCAGCACUUCGCCAUCGAACAGGAGUCUGCGCAGUGCUUCUCAACACAAGCAGGCUUCUCGUAGUGGCAUCAAAAGCCGGGGCUCAAGCAUUCACGGCGGCUACCCUGAUGAGGAUCCCGGGUUGAGCGACACUGAGUCGACCUAUACUCGCAAAUCGCGAGGAGAUACAUUCGCAAGCUCUGAAAUAAGCAUGGAAAACAUACUGCAAGAUGGUCGUCGGAAACGACCCAAGUUUGACAGCUCGGAACUUCCUCUCUUUGUCCCUCCUCAAGUCCCUCUCACUACCUCAACCUCCUCCAUCUCUCCUCAGCGUCGUUCCAUCGGUCAGGAAGGUGCUGGCUCACCUUUUGCUCGUCCUACCCAUCGCCCUUAUAACUAUCAGCAGGCGCUGCCGUCGCCACAAAGCUACGGCCCCAGCGAAUACGGAAAUCAAUCAGGGCGUAAUAGCGUGUAUGCGACACCCAUGGUUCCGGACCAUGCGCACCGCAUACCGUAUAGCAAUUCGGCCCGCGACUGCAUCUCCGAUGAAGACGUCGCAAUGCAGCUGAUUCGCCUCGGCGAUGCAUCCAAUUUCUCACAUGGGCGCACAUCAGCCUCAACGCUUGAUGAUGCCUUCAGCGGCGCUGCUGAUGCCGCCUCUUCUACUGGCGCUACCAGUGACGGAGAAGACUUUAGCGAAGAUGAGGAUGACUUGCCGGCUCGCCGCAGACUUGACUCAAGUCCAAUGCUUCCUCCAGGUGCUAUCAAGCGCCACCACAAACGUUUGGACGAUAUCCUCCCCAGUGCCGACAGCAGUGAUCAUAGCUCCGACGGCCUUGACGACGGCAUCAAGAGCGAGGGUGAGGAAGACAUAUUGUACAAGGAGUUCGCUCCCAAGUCCAAGAAGCCUAGGAAUCGCCCCAACUCCGCCAAGGCUCGUAGCCAGAAGCCUAUGGCUAAGCAAAGCAAGAGCAAGAACUCCUCUUUGCCGCGCAAGCCCUCUGACAAGCCCGGUCUCGUCGGGCCCAUGCCUCCUCUCAGCCCUAGCUCAUCACGCAAGGUCUCCAGCGGUUCCGUCAACUUCCAGCACCAGCUUGGCGCCGACGAAGAGGACCUCUCCACCAAGCCCCGUUGCCAACGCUGCCGAAAGAGUAAGAAGGGCUGUGACCGCCAACGUCCCUGCGGGCGUUGCAAGGACGCCGGAAUCGGAAUUGAAGGAUGCGUCAGUGAAGACGAGGGCAAUGGACGCAAGGGCCGAUACGGGCGCCACAUGGGCGUUCCAGUGAAGAAGGACGACGCAUCAGAGGAAAGUUAUGAGCUGCCCCCGAUGCCAGGAACACCCAUGACGGCAGCAGACAUCGCAGACAAGAACAAGAAGCGGAAACGCUAG